CAAAAUGCUUUAUCCGGAUGAUCCAUCGUCAGAUGAACCUCAUAUAGCACUUUCCAAUGUUAUCCAUCCUGAUUGUCGCGUAGAGAACAUUUUCAAAAAUACCAAAGACAAAUUGAACAUUUUUAAAUUAGCGGAUAUACCAAAAUUGAAAGACCAUUCGCUGAAGCGGUGGCGUGAGUGGGAUAAAAAUGCUGCAGCGAUCUGGAAUUCUUCAUUCGGUCCAAGAAAUGCUUUCGAAGAAAUGAUUGAACUGACGAAAGAAGGAAAAAUGUGGCCUUAUCCAAUCGAUAAUGAAUAUCAGAUUGGCGACGAAGAAGACGUUGGUUUUUACGACCACAUAUUUUUGGAUAAAUAUCUUGCUCAGUACAAUUUACCGGAAGAAGGACCCGUCGCACAAUUUAUGGAACUAGUUUGUAUAGGAUUAUCCAAAAAUCCUUACAUGUCUAUCAAGAAAAAACAUGCCCAUCUUGAUUGGUUUGCUAACUAUUUCAAGGAGAAAGCAGAAGAAAUUAGACGGAUCCAGGAAAGUGCUGGUGUGUCGGUGGAAGUAGUAGUUGGUGGUGGUGGUGGUGGUGGUGGUGGUGGUGAUGAUGAGGAGGAGGAUGGUGCUGGUAGUGAUGAAGAUGAUAAUGGGAUGAGGCCAUCUUCUAUUGACCAAUGA